AGGACCAGUGUGGGGUGUGGAAAGGAAGAGUGAGCGAGAGCAAGUUGAGGGGAGGGGGUGAAAGAGCCGGUGAAUUCUUUUUCUUUUUCUAUUAUUAUUUUGAAGACUCCCGAGUUGCGCCCAUGCUCUUGUCAGCUUCGUUCUAGGCGUAGCACGGCCAGGCAGAAGAAAAUGGGGCAAAGCGUGCUCCGGGCGGUCUUCUUUUUAGUCCUGGGGCUUUUGGGUCAUUCUCACGGAGGAUUCCCCAACACCAUCAGCAUAGGUGGACUUUUCAUGAGAAACACGGUGCAGGAGCACAGCGCUUUCCGCUUUGCUGUGCAGUUAUACAACACCAACCAGAACACCACCGAGAAGCCCUUCCAUUUGAAUUACCACGUAGAUCACUUGGAUUCUUCCAAUAGUUUUUCUGUGACUAAUGCUUUCUGCUCCCAGUUCUCGAGAGGGGUGUAUGCCAUCUUUGGAUUCAAUGACCAGAUGUCAAUGAACACCCUGACCUCCUUCUGUGGAGCUCUGCACACAUCCUUUGUCACACCCAGCUUCCCCACUGAUGCAGAUGUGCAGUUUGUCAUCCAGAUGCGCCCAGCCUUGAAGGGCGCUAUUCUGAGUCUUCUGGGUCACUACAAGUGGGAGAAGUUUGUGUACCUUUAUGACACAGAAAGAGGAUUUUCCAUCCUCCAAGCAAUUAUGGAAGCAGCAGUGCAAAACAACUGGCAAGUGACAGCACGGUCUGUGGGAAACAUAAAGGACGUCCAAGAAUUCAGGCGCAUCAUUGAAGAAAUGGACAGGAGGCAGGAAAAGCGAUACUUGAUUGACUGCGAAGUUGAAAGGAUUAACACAAUUUUGGAACAGGUUGUGAUCCUGGGAAAGCAUUCAAGAGGUUACCACUACAUGCUUGCUAACCUGGGUUUUACCGAUAUUUUGCUAGAAAGAGUCAUGCAUGGGGGAGCCAACAUUACAGGAUUCCAGAUUGUCAACAACGAAAACCCUAUGGUUCAGCAGUUCAUACAGCGCUGGGUGAGGUUGGAUGAAAGGGAAUUCCCUGAAGCCAAGAAUGCACCUCUAAAGUACACAUCUGCAUUGACGCACGAUGCAAUACUGGUCAUAGCAGAAGCUUUCCGCUAUCUGAGGAGGCAGCGAGUGGAUGUGUCCCGGAGAGGCAGUGCUGGAGACUGCUUAGCAAACCCUGCUGUGCCCUGGAGUCAAGGAAUUGAUAUCGAAAGAGCUCUGAAAAUGGUGCAAGUACAAGGAAUGACUGGAAACAUCCAAUUUGACACUUACGGACGUAGGACAAAUUAUACCAUCGAUGUGUAUGAAAUGAAAGUCACUGGCUCUCGGAAAGCUGGCUACUGGAAUGAGUAUGAAAGGUUUGUGCCUUUCUCGGAUCAGCAAAUCAGCAACGACAGUGCAUCUGCAGAGAACCGGACCAUAGUAGUAACCACCAUUCUGGAAUCACCAUAUGUAAUGUAUAAGAAGAAUCAUGAACAACUGGAAGGAAAUGAGCGAUAUGAAGGCUAUUGUGUAGACUUAGCCUAUGAAAUAGCCAAACACGUAAGGAUCAAAUACAAAUUGUCCAUUGUCGGUGAUGGAAAAUACGGUGCAAGGGAUCCAGAGACUAAAAUAUGGAACGGCAUGGUUGGGGAACUUGUCUAUGGGAGGGCUGAUAUAGCUGUUGCUCCACUGACUAUAACGCUGGUCCGUGAAGAAGUCAUAGAUUUCUCAAAGCCGUUUAUGAGCCUGGGCAUCUCCAUCAUGAUAAAGAAGCCGCAGAAAUCAAAACCAGGAGUAUUCUCAUUUCUGGAUCCUUUGGCGUAUGAAAUCUGGAUGUGCAUUGUCUUCGCUUACAUUGGAGUCAGUGUAGUUCUUUUCCUAGUCAGCAGAUUCAGCCCUUACGAAUGGCACUUGGAAGACAACAAUGAAGAACCUCGUGACCCACAAAGCCCUCCUGAUCCUCCAAAUGAAUUUGGAAUAUUUAACAGUCUUUGGUUUUCCUUGGGUGCCUUUAUGCAGCAAGGAUGUGAUAUUUCUCCAAGAUCACUCUCCGGGCGCAUUGUUGGAGGGGUUUGGUGGUUCUUCACCCUGAUCAUAAUUUCUUCCUAUACGGCCAAUCUCGCUGCUUUCCUGACUGUGGAGAGGAUGGUUUCUCCCAUAGAGAGUGCUGAAGACUUAGCUAAGCAGACUGAAAUUGCAUAUGGGACCCUGGACUCCGGCUCAACAAAAGAAUUUUUCAGAAGAUCCAAGAUUGCUGUCUAUGAGAAAAUGUGGUCUUACAUGAAAUCAGCAGAGCCAUCUGUGUUUACCAAAACAACAGCAGACGGAGUGGCCCGAGUGCGGAAGUCCAAGGGAAAGUUCGCCUUCCUGCUGGAGUCAACCAUGAAUGAAUAUAUUGAGCAGAGAAAACCGUGUGAUACGAUGAAAGUUGGUGGAAAUCUGGAUUCCAAAGGCUAUGGUGUGGCAACCCCUAAAGGCUCAGCAUUAAGAAAUGCUGUUAACCUGGCAGUAUUAAAACUGAAUGAGCAAGGCCUCUUGGACAAAUUGAAAAACAAAUGGUGGUACGACAAAGGAGAGUGCGGCAGCGGGGGCGGUGACUCCAAGGACAAGACCAGCGCUCUGAGCCUGAGCAAUGUGGCAGGCGUUUUCUAUAUACUUGUCGGAGGUCUGGGACUGGCCAUGAUGGUGGCUUUGAUAGAAUUCUGUUACAAAUCACGGGCAGAGUCCAAACGCAUGAAACUCACAAAGAACACCCAAAACUUUAAGCCCGCUCCUGCCACCAACACUCAAAAUUACGCUACAUACAGAGAAGGCUACAACGUGUAUGGAACAGAGAGUGUUAAGAUCUAG